CGUCACCCGAAAGCGAGGAAACCCGCACUCGCGUCCUCUAACGCAAAUGACCAUCUUUGGCAACGUGCGCCAAUGGAACAGACCAAGGGCGCUGGGCCCGGGGGGUGAGCGGGGGGCGCGGGAGGGCCGGGGCUGCCUCUGCGACCCCGAACCGUGCGGGCCGCCAGCUCCAGCCCGGGACACCACCUGGCUUCCUCUCGCGGAGUGCGCGGCUGGCGUCAGCGCGGCCGGGAGCCGAAGCCCGGAGGGGAGCGCUGCGCCGGCCUCCUCCCCUCCCGCACUUCUUCCUCCUCUCGGCCUCCUCUCCCCCGCCUCCUCGUGCGCUCCUCCCUCAAGGUGGAGUCUGGGGUUGACGUGAGUGAAUCCACAUGGUACAGGGCUGGAGAAUAAAGAGUGUGGAGUUGAACUCGUGCCAUUGUAGUGACUCAUCUCGGGCAGAGCGCUAGGGCUCGGAGCGAACCAGCGAGCGAGCGAACGAGCCGCGCUCGGCGGGGACCGAAAGAGGGAGAGAGAGGCGCGGCCGGGCGAGGCGGGCCGGUCCUGGAGCGGGCGCCAGGGAAGGGGUGCAGGUCCGGACGCCGGAGCGGGGAGCGGGGCCGCGUCCCUCUCAGCGCCAGCUCAGCUUCAACCCCACGGGCCGCUGUUCCCCUGGCGCACUCGGGGCUGCGGGACAGGCGCACGCCGCUUUCUCCUAGUCAAGUGUCCGAGCCGCCCCGAAACUCCGUCGGCGAGUCGGCCACGGGAAGUUUAUUCGCCGGCUCCUUUUCUAAAAGGAAGAAACAGAAGUUUGUCCCAGCGGACAGCGUUUCUUUCCGCCUUUUUGACCCUGUCUGAAAUCGGGGGGGAGGGGGUCCCUGGGGCUGGCAGGCCAGGCUCGCCGGGCUCCCAGUCUUUUUUAAUUUCCAAUUUUUGGUUGGGCCGUGGGUCCCGGCUGAGCUCCGGCUGCGCGCGGGGGCGGGAGGGCGCGCGCAGGGGAGGGACCGAGAGACGCGCCGACUUUUUAGAGGGAGGGACCGGGUGGACAACUGUUCCCGCGGCGCUCGCAGAGCCGGAAAGAAGUGCCGUAAGAGGCGCUUGGGGGACGCAUUUCUCGGGGUGUCGCCGCCUCCCUGUCCUCGCCCGCCGCGGAGGGGGAGAAACCCAGGAGCGAAGCUCAGAGCCCGCGGCGCGGCGGGUGGACGACCAAGCGCGCAGCAGUUGGUGCGCGGCCGCGGCGAGGGCGGGGGAAGAAAAACACCCUGUUUCCUCUCCGGCCCCCACCGCGGAUCAUGUACCAGGAUUAUCCCGGGAACUUUGACACCUCGUCCCGGGGCAGCAGCGGCUCUCCUGCGCACGCCGAGUCCUACCCCAGCGGCGGCGGCGGCCAGCAGAAAUUCCGGGUAGAUAUGCCUGGCUCAGGCAGUGCCUUCAUCCCUACCAUCAAUGCCAUCACGACCAGCCAGGACCUGCAGUGGAUGGUGCAGCCCACAGUGAUCACCUCCAUGUCCAACCCAUACCCUCGCUCGCACCCCUACAGCCCCCUGCCAGGCCUGGCCUCUGUCCCUGGGCACAUGGCCCUCCCAAGACCUGGCGUAAUCAAGACCAUUGGCACCACCGUGGGACGCAGGAGGAGAGAUGAGCAGCUGUCUCCUGAAGAGGAGGAGAAGCGUCGCAUCCGGAGGGAGAGGAACAAGCUGGCUGCAGCCAAGUGCCGGAACCGACGCCGGGAGCUGACGGAGAAGCUGCAGGCGGAGACAGAGGAGCUGGAGGAGGAGAAGUCGGGCCUGCAGAAGGAGAUCGCUGAGCUGCAGAAGGAGAAGGAGAAGCUGGAGUUCAUGUUGGUGGCUCACGGCCCUGUGUGCAAGAUCAGCCCUGAGGAGCGCCGAUCGCCCCCAGCCCCCGGGCUGCCACCCAUGCGCAGUGGGGGUGGUGUGGUGGGCGCUGUGGUGGUGAAGCAGGAGCCCCUGGAAGAGGACAGCCCCUCGUCCUCAUCGGCGGGGCUGGACAAGGCCCAGCGCUCUGUCAUCAAGCCCAUCAGCAUUGCUGGGGGCUUCUACGGUGAAGAGCCCCUGCACACCCCCAUCGUGGUGACCUCCACGCCUGCUGUCACUCCAGGCACCUCAAACCUCGUCUUCACUUACCCUAGCGUCCUGGAGCAGGAGUCGCCCGCGUCACCCUCCGAAUCCUGCUCCAAGGCUCACCGCAGAAGCAGUAGCAGUGGGGACCAGUCAUCAGACUCCUUGAACUCCCCCACUCUGCUGGCUCUGUAACCCAGUGCACCUUCCUCCCCAGCUUGGGAGGGGGUCCUCCUCGCUCCUCCUUCCCAGGGACCAGCACCUUCAAGCGCUUCAGGGCCAUGAGGGCAAGAGGAGGACCUGCCAUGGAGCUUCCUGGCUCUGGGGGAUCCAGGUGGGACUUAGCAGUGAGUAUUGGAAGACUUGGGUUGAUCUCUUGGAAGCCAUGGGACCUCCUCCCUCAUUCAUCUUGCAAGCAAAUCCUGUUUCUUGAAAAGCCUUGGAGAACUCGGUUUGGUGGACUUGGACAUCUCUCUGGCUUCUGAAGAGCCUGAAGCUGGCCUGGACCAUUCCUGUCCCUUUGUUACCACACUGUCUCUGGAGUGAUGGUGUCCUUUCCUGCCCCACCACGCAUGCUCAGUGCCUUUUGGUUUCACCUUCCCUCGACUUGCCCCUUCCCUCCCCAGUGUCAGUUUCAGUCCCUCUUGGUUUUUAUCAAAUUCGCCAUGACAUUUCAUCUGGGUGGUCUGAAUAUUAAAGCUCUUCAUUUCUGGAGACGGGGCAGCAGGUGACUCUUCUGCUGGGGCUGACUUGUCCAGAAGGGGACAAAGUGCAAUACAGAACCUUCCCUACCCUGGUGCUUCCAUCUCCAGAACCCCAGCAGGGCUCCCUGAGCUCUCAAGGAGAUGCUGCCAUCACGGGGAGGCUCAGAGGACCCUUCCUGCCCACCUUCGGAGACGGCUUCUGGAGGAGUGGCUUGGCCAGAAGACAGGGUGUGAGUGAGACAGUGGGGUACAGGUUGCGUUUGCCAAAUGCCUAAUUACCAGGCCAGGAAUAGUGCCAACAAAGCCACACAGGUGUCCUAGCCAGCUUCCCUUCACCUGGUGUCUUGAGUAGGGCGUCUCCUGUAAUUACUGCCUUGCCAUUCUGCCCCAGACCCUUCUCUUCAGACCAGGGAGGCACCCCUCCCUAGGAGCUGUACAUUAUACUCCAAGUCCCUGCCGGGUUCUGCCUCCCUCCCACCCUGGCUCUCAGGGUGACGCCACCCACAGAGAUUUAAUGAGCGUGGGCCUGGACCUUCCCCAGAUUGCUGCCAGGCAGCCCCUCCCCAAGCCUCAAAGGAGCAUUUGCCGUGGAUGGAGAAGCAGGGGAGGGAGGUGGGAGGCUGUCACUGGAGUGGCAUCUGCAGUGGCAUCUGCAGGAGCCGCUGCCCCAACACCCGCUCAGCUUAGCCUGCCCUGGCUGCUCGCCUCUCCGCAGGGCGCCGGGCCUGUCCUGCCCUCUGUGGUCAUCUUCCACCUGCUGGCUCAAGUGCUUUCUCUUUUACACUCCCCUGCCCCCACCCCAGUGUGCUCUUCUGGCCCAGGCAGUGAGCAAGCUGUGAGCAGCUGUGCUGAGCUGUCGCUGUCGCUGUGGCUCACGUGCUGUUCCUGGUUGUCUGUGGAAUCUUUCCGGCUGCUGGAAUUGGAAAUAGGAUACUUUGUUUCUGACUGCGGGAGAGCCGUCCCCUUUCACAGGGUUGGGGAAGGGUCCCCCUGACCUCCAGCAGGAGCACAGCUCAGUGGGGUCCCUGCCACCCAGCCCUCUGAGCCUUUUCUCCCCAGAGUAUGACUCCUGCCGUUUCUGGUCCAGCAGGGCCUUGACAGGAGUCAGGGGAGUAGCUCCUGGCCAGAACCGGCCUCUGCGGGGCUUGUGCUCUGCAGAGACUCCGCUGCUGGGGAUUCAGCUCUAGAGAUCACGGUAUCCUCAUUUGAAAGAUAGACUAAUUAAUUAAGUUCCUCUGUGGAGAAAGCAGUGACACAUUCACACAGCUGCUCCCUCGCACGUGGAGUCCACGCAUGCUGGUCAUUAUUUCAUGAACAUUACCUGCUUCCAUGCAGUAGACAUACGGAGCAGAACAUCUGUACACUUAAAGUACAUGGCCCAGUAGGACUGGAAGUGAUGUGUACAAGUGAUGCAGAAAGCAGAGUUUCAAAGAAAAAGGAUUUUGUUCAAAUACUUUAGAAAUGUUAUUCCUGUAUCCCUUGGCUGUGAUGCUCCCCCUCCAGGUUUCCCAGGGACUCUGGGAGGGACCCUUCUAAGAAGCUUGGGCAGUUGGGUUUCUGGCUUCAGAUUAAUCGAAGCAGCAGAAUGAGCCAGGAGUAGCAGGAGAUGGGCAAAGAAAACUGGGGUGCUCUCAGUUCUCACAGGUGUAAUCAUCUCAAGUGGUAUUUGUAGCCAAGUGGGAGCUAUUUUCUUUUUUGUGCAUAUAGGUAUUUCUUAAAUGAAGCUGCUUUCUUGUCUUUUAUUUCUAAAAGCUCCCUUACUCCCCACUUUGCACAGUAAAGAUCCCAGUGCAGGUCGCAGCCUGAUUUGUGGCCAGGCUGGACAAAUUCCUGAGACACAGCUUGGCUUCAGUUCAGAUUUCAAGCUGUGUUGGUGUCGGGACCAGCAGAAGGCAAAGCACCAGCCAACCCACAGGACUGUAAGGGGCCUCUGAGCUACGUUCCCUCUGAAGACCCCCAGGCUUUGUUGUAGGAGGUUGUUUGGCUUCCCCAAAGCCAGAGGUGAUUUGAUUUGGGGAAGACUGAAUAUUCACAUCUAAGUUAGCAUAUCCUGAGUUUACUUCCUUAUGGCUUGCCCUCUCAGUUCUCUCUCAUACACACACACACACCAUUGCUUCAGAAUCACCAGUCACCUCCGUGGCUCCAGCUGUGGAAGAGCUGCAGUGGGGCUGUCUUUGUGCUUGGGAUAGGAACUUCCAUGCUUCCCACGGCCCCACUCUAGAGGCAGCUGAUGUGGACUCCGGUUGAGCUGCAGGCAGAUCUGGGAGGGCACAUGGCAGGUACUCUUUGGUCAGCUCGUGUAAAACACACGGUCCUCUUGACCUGGCCAGUCUUUCUGGGAAUAGUACUCUCCCUGGCCAGGUGAAUGUGGAAGCUGCUGACACAGGAAGGAGAGGAGAUCCCAGCUGAGACUUAGGAAAUUGCUGCAGCCAGCUCCAAGCAGAUAAUUCACUGGGGAGGUUUUCAGAAAGAGUCAAACAUCAUUCUGCCUGUGUUGGGGGCCAGGUGUGUCGCUCAAGCAUCUCAAAGUCAAGAGCCACCUGGGGCUGCUGCUUCUCUUUCUCAGGCUUUGGGGAAAAGAGUCUCCCUCUGCUCUAGCUUGAUUCCAAGUGUGAGGGUGGUUGAACUCUCUGAAGCACUGGGACUUUUUUUCUCUUUUCCUUGACGGACCAACAGUGCAAAUGCAAUCUCACCAUUUAACUUUCGGGUUGAUUUCCUUCCCUGAUCAGACAUCUUUGUGCCCCCUUUAGGAAGGAAAAUAAUAUACUUACUAUGUGCCAGGCACUGUGUUAGGAGCUUUUAUAUAUAUCCUCUUUAGGAUGAGACUAAGCGAUGAGGACAUCUCUUUGUAAAAGGCCCCUAAGUAAUGGAUAAACAGCAACACUCGGAGGUGAGAUCUGCCGUCAAUCUCAUGUUUGUUCUCAAGGACUUACCCCUACAAUAUUCUCCCACCUCCAUACUUCUACCCCACCAUGUGCUCCUGUGCACUCCCCUGAUGGUCCGAGGGGUAACCCGAGUCCUUAGAGAAUUUGGGGACCAAUAGGAUAUGUGGUGUGUAGAGCUUUCUUUUAAAAACUUAAGGGGUCUUUGCUACCUUCUGCUUGUUGAGUUGUUUUGGCAUUCAUCUUAAAAGCCAGCAUCUCACUAUUUAUUGACAGGUUGGGCUGUGUGUGUGCGCGCAUGUGUGUGUACAUUUCCAGGCGUGCCCAUGUUCUGUAGCUUUUUAAAAGGAAACCCAGUCAUCCCACUACGAAUCUGGCAUCUUCUUACGCUUCUAGUGUUUUGACCAUACAUCAACCAAGGGGUUUAAUUUAUCCAAUGCUUGAUGACAUGUUCAGGAGGGCAGAUCGAAUUUUGAGAGGGUUAUGGGAAAGGGAGGGGGAGAAGAAAUGGACAUUUAUUUUAUUAUUUAUUUUAAAUGUUUACAUCUUCUUUAUGUUGUAUCAAGCCUGAAUAGAAACUGAUAGCAUUAAAAUCCUCCGUUCCUCUCUCUCUUCUCGCUUCCUUUUUUUAAAAAUUUAGGAUAAUGUAUUUUUGUUUCUAAAGUGAUUUGUGACUUGUGCUGUGUAAACUGUAUAAAAAGGUUCUAUUUUUAAAUGUGGGUUGUCAUUCCUCUGGGGACAGUGGUCGCUAACACAUGUACAUUGUAAGAGAACACAGUGGAAGAUCCUGUCCUGAUCCUCAAAAAUUACUUCUCUGUAUGAUUAAAAGUUUAUUCCAUUUA